AUGUCAAAACAUCAAAAAAAAGAAGUUGAGGUAGAAUUUGAAAAGGAUGAUCCAAAAGCAGUAUAUUUAGAAUUAUUUGAUAAAGAUACUGAAUUAAAAUCAUUAUCAGAUGAAAUUGAAAAAUUAACAGGUGAAAAGGAUUUAGAAUUAAUGAAAUGUGAUAAAGAUAUUUAUAAAUCAGCUGAACCAUUAUAUAGAGAAAGAAGAGCAUUACUUUUAGAAAUCCCAGAUUUUUGGGCCACUAUUUUUACAAAUUUAUUUUUAAAAUUAGGAUUUGUUGAUGAAUUAACAAUGUGUGUUGAUGAUUUCUUUGUUGAAGAUACAGAAACAGAAUUUCGUUUAUUUAUUGAUUUUAGAGAAAAUGAUAUAAUUUCAAAUAAACAAGUUAUUAUUACAGUUACAACACCAACUACAUCUGAAGAAUUAUCACAAGAAGUUAAAAUCUCUACAACUCCAAUUGAAUUAAAACAAAAUAAAACUGAAACUGAAAAGAAAAAUAAAGAUUCAAAAAAAUCAACAGAUGAUGAAGAUGAAGAUGAAGAUGAUGAUGAAAUUUCAGGUUUUUUAAAAUUCUUAUUAAAUCCAACUAAAGAUAUUGCAACCUUUAUAGUUGGUUCAGUUUGGAGUAAUCCAAUUGAUUCUUUCUGUAAUGAUGAUGAUGAAGAUUAUGAUGGUUUAAUUGCUUCUGAUUCUGAAGGUGAAGAAGAUAAAUAA